CGGCGGGACCGGCAGAAAUUGGUCUGCAAAAUGCAAGCCUUGACUGCAGUCUGCCUGGGCUAGAGGUGCUCUGCGAAUGGCAGCGCUUUAGUCCAUUACUGGAUCCUUUACCUCCCUGUGUAUCAACCCUGACUCUGCCAUGAGCGCCUCACCCCUGCCAUUUGUGGCUGGAGCAAACACUGUGGAAGACCAGCGGGCUCGCUGGGAGAGAAAGCGCAACAGGACAGCCAAGGAACUGCUGGAAACAGAACACAAAUACCUUGAGCAGCUGGAUUUGGUGCUCACAUACUUUGUGACAAUUUUAAAGGCCAAAGGGACGCUGAAGCCUGCUGUGUUGGAAACUAUAUUUGGACCCCUGGAGUCCUUAUAUUCAGCCAGCCAUGUUCUGUCACUUCACCUGGAGAAAGGGAAUUUGGGACCAGGACUGGAAAAUUUUUGUCAGAGUCUGGAUCUUUAUGGCCACUAUGCUGAGAAUUUGGAGCAUGCAAAUAAAACCUUGAAGGAGCAAGUGAGGAAAAAUAAGUCAUUCCGGCGGUUUAAGAAACUUCAGGAGACUCGACCUCAGUUUCAAGGGAGGGAGCUAGAGGAUCUGCUUCCUUUGCCCCUGCAGAGGCUGCACCAGUACAAGCAUUUCUUCAGAGACCUGCUGGAGAACACCAGCCCAGACAGUGCUGAGUACCAGAAACUUGCAAAGACUGUGAAAUCUGUUUGUGAGGUAUCUCACUGGGUCCAAGACAUCUUUGAUAAGAGAGAGAACUCCUUGCAGCUACUUCGGGUUCAGAAAUUGCUCAAAGGACAAAAGACUCAGGUUUUGACUCCAGGGCGCUGGUAUAUCCGGGAAGGCUGGCUUUUGGUGGUGCCUGCAAAGGGAGAAGAACUGAAGCGCAGGAUGUUCUUCCUGUUCUCCGAUAUCCUCAUUGCAGCCAAGCCCUGCCACCCACUGCACCUGCUGAACUCCAACAAGCUGUCCUGCCAGGCUGUCUACCCGCUCCACCAGUGCUCAGUGGAUAAAGUGUUCGGCCACACGUGGAGCCAGGGAGGGCUCCUCAGUCUUUCCUUUCCACACAAGACACUGCUGUUGAUGUCCAGCAACCAACAAGAGAUCAAUGACUGGUACCGGAGUCUCACAGCUGCAGUCAGGCAGCUGAAAGCCUAACCCAUCCGAGUAGACUGGCAGGACAACCACUUUCAUGGCAGAAGCCUCCACAAUCUUAUAAAAUGUUCAGGGACAUACAGCAGCACUGAAUUGAGAAGGACUAUGCACUGUGUUUGUGAGAUGAUGAAUGCUCUGUUAGCUGCCCUAAUGUUCAUACAGAUACUGCAAAAAAAGCAUUUGUGCAUGAAAAACCCCAUGUUUCAAGGAUUUCCCCCAAUUUAGCUUAGAAGCUUCUAGCUUUUUUGCACUUUAGUAAACUCAAGAUAACUUAAGGUCAAGCAAUGGGAGUGUGACUUGUUUUCUCUCAUUAAAUGCUUUUUUAAAGGAAUUUUUGUACUUUGUUAAAGCCUCAGGAUAGACUUUUAAUAACGUGGAAGCUGUGUAGCAGUUUGGUUCAGAAAACAUCUAUUUGAAUACAAUCAACUGCAAAGAGAACAAUUUCAAGGUUAUUAGAAACACAAAGAUUAAAGUCUGUCUGGCUGACCUUGAAGCAGUUAAACUGUUUUUUCUUCUUCCUGAAGCAGUACCACCCAUCUUUAAUUUCUCACUGGUGUUUAUUUAAACAGAACCGUACUUUGUGAGAUAAGUGUCUCAAAGAGAGAAUAUAUAAUGGGGAUUUGUCUUUCCAUGCAAUUAGCUUGCUACACAGGGCCAUUUGUUUAAAUCUCCUAAGUUUGUGAAACUUGGGAGGAAGAAAUGCAACAAAGUUUAGGAAGCCACACUGAUUCCACUGUGUUCUGCCAAGAAAGGUUGGGCCAGGUGUUCUUGAAGUCCUUUCCAACUGGGUAUUCUAUCCUGUGACUUUAUGUUUGGGUUGGUUUUGUUUUGUUUUGUUUUGUUUUUCACUUCAGAGUUACAGUUAGGACUUUCAAGUACUAGCUGUGCCUGAAAUUAAAGACAAAGCUAACAAAUUAAUAUUCUUAUUGCUCAAUAGUUGUAUCACUCUGAAAAAGUUCUGCUACUCCCCCUUUUUUGUUCAAUAGAGCAAUGGAGAUGUCUUGCAGUCCUGCCUCUGAAGCUGGGGUGUCUGUCAAGCUCUUGCUAGAUUGCUGACUCAUGCCUAUGUUACCACCUUACAAGACAAUUUCUUUUGUUGUCUUAUAGUACUUAGCUCAGUGUUACCAUCCUAUUUGCAUUCAGUGUUUUUUAAACAGCAGAAGUAUCUUAUUUCUCACCAAACUUCCCGCCCUCAAACGCUGAACACUGGCUCCUAGAACACACUGUUAGCAAAUCCAUUUUUCUGGAAUAAGCUAUUAACUUAUAAGCACAGGAAUUAUGCUGAGUCAGGGGAGGUUUAUGUAGGACCUAAGAACUUCUUCACAGAAAGGGAGAACAGACACAAAUGAGCUGCCCAAGAUGUGGUGGAGUCACAUGGAGUCAUGGUCCCAGUCCC